AUGGCAUUGCCCGGGUGUUUCUAUUUCUCUUUUGUUGUGAAUGCUCUGGUGGUUGUGGCUCUUGCAACCUCAAAUGUCCCACACUUGACAACUAAUUACUAUGAUGACUCUUGCCCCAAUGCUUUGAUCACCAUCAAAACUGUGGUUCAGGCUGCAGUACAGAAGGAGUUUCGCAUGGGAGCUUCAUUGUUACGCUUACAUUUUCUUGAUUGCUUUCACAAUGGGUGUGAUGGUUCGAUUCUGUUAGAUUCUACAUCCUUCAUUGACAGUGAAAAGAAUGCAAAAGCUAUCCAAUACGCUCGAGGAUUUGACAUUGUGGAUGAGAUAAAGGAGGCAGUGAAUGAAGCAUGUGGACAAUCAGUUGUUUCUUGCGCUGACAUUUUGGCUGUUGCUGCUCGAGACUCGGUUGUUGCAUUGGGUGGUCCAACAUGGGAGGUGGAGUUGGGGAGAAGAGACUCAACCACAGCAAGUCCUGCAGCAUCAGAUGCAAACAUUGCAUCACCAUUUUCCAACCUCUCUCAACUCAUCACCAACUUCAAGAGCCAUGGUCUUGAUGAGAUGGAUCUUGUCGUUCUUUCUGGAGCUCACACCAUUGGAUAUGCACGUUGUGCUACAUUUAGGGACCAUGUCUACAAUGACUCCAACAUCGAUCCAGACUUUGCACAAUCAGAACUGGAAUCCAUUUGCCCUAUAAUUGGUGGUGACUUCAACCUUGCCGCUUUGGACCCUACUCCCGCCAACUUUGACACAUCCUAUUUCUCCAAUUUGGUUCAAAACAAAGGCCUUCUUCACUCUGAUCAACAACUCUUCAGUGGUGCUUCUACUGAUGCUCUGGUUCAACAGUACAGCUCCGAUGCCGUAGCUUUCUUCGAGGACUUUGCGCUUUCCAUGAUUAAGAUGGGAAGUAUUCAGCCUCUCACUGGGGAUCAAGGUGAAGUUCGUGUCAACUGCACGAAAGUGAACUAA